AUGAGUGCACCUUGCAGUCUUGAACAUUGUCAUACAAAUCUUUUUGCUCUGCAAAGUUUAAAUGAUAUGAAAUGGAAAUGUUUUCGUCGUUCAUUAAACUAUCGGUUAGAACCAAAUCAUUAUAAAGAUCCUGUUUUAAUUGCCUAUUGGAAUGCUCUACGUGCUGACACAUUAUGUGCAUGGAGACGUGUGUUAACUGAUGAUGGACAAAAAACUGAAAAAGAACUUUGGUUAUUUGGAAUCAAUGAAGAUUUACCAUCGGAAUUACCUAAUUUACGACCAAUGAAUCAAGCCAAUGGGUCAUGGAAUGAAAAUGCUUUAUCAUACGAUUGUCGAUCAAUGCUAUUUAAAGCACUACACAAUAUGAUUGAAAAAUAUCUAUUGUCAAAAGGUUUUGCUCGAUUGAAUAAAUGGUUUGUUUUACCCAUCAAUGAUCAUUCUGAUGUUAAAGUGCCAAAUUUUUCAUUUAAUUUCACUUUUUUUCUUCAUGGAGAUAAUAAAGUUUGUGCAAGUAUUGAUGUCCAAAGACAUCGAUAUAUUUAUAAUUUAACCAGUAAAGAUCUUGAUAAAACUUCACCAUCAAAUGUCAUUUUGGCACCUUAUGGUAUCAGUGGAAUGCUUAAUGGUCCUGUUAGUAGAGAUAUUGAUUUAAAUUUAUUACGUGAAAAUUGGGAAAGAAAUUAUUCUGUUCGACAUAUUGAUGGCUUGCCAGAUUUUGUUGAAGUUACUGUUGGUAAUAUUCGAAUGUUUUAUCCAACAUGUUAUGUAUAUAAAAUUGCUUCAAAUAAUGAUGCAAUAACUUCAAGUAAUGAAACAACUCCACCAACAAAAAAAGCAGAUUUAUCUUCAAUGAAAAAAUCAAAAAUUCCAACAUCAUUAACACCAACAACUCUACCACCACCACCACCACCACCUCCAUCAACAACAACAGCAAUGAAUUCACCACUAGAUUUAUUAUCAAAUAAUAAUAAAAAUGAAAGCAUGCUUAUAAAAAAUUUAGCCAAUCAAUUAUUAAUUAGUGCUCAACGAAAUAAUUGUAUUGAUAUUGAAAAAAAACAAGAUACAAAAUGUUUAUCAAUAAGUGACCCAAUGAAUCGUCGGAUAUGUCGAUGUCAUCAAUGUUUAACAUCAACAAAUCGUCUAUCGGCAUUCAUUCCAUUUCAUCGCCGACCUUCAACCACUCCACCUGUUCUAUCUGAUCCGUCCUCUAUUCGAACUAAAGUUGAAUCUAUUAAAACUGAAAAUACAAUUGAAUCAAAUGAAAAUACAAAUACAUUAAUACAAAAUGAUGCUUUAGUUUCACAAUCAACAUCAUCACCCGCAGUAAAUAAUCCUAUUGCGUCGAAUCAACAAACAACCAAUGACAAUAAAAACGAAUGGACAGCAUCAACGCCGAAUAGUGUGAGUAUUAGUGGUCCACCGUCAGUACUUGCACCAAUAACGAAUUUAAAUUCUGUACAAACCAAUUCUCCUGCGCCAACAUCGACAACAUCCAGAGGUUUAAAACGUUCGGCUACCAUGGCAUUUGAUGAUUUAUCAAUUGUCGAAGAUGACGAAAGAGAACAACAUAAACAAACCUAUGAUUUUAAUCGAACAGAUAAUUUUCUACAAUUACCAUUAAAACGUUUUCGUGCUGAUACAAAUUCAAUAAUAAAUAGUAUACAAUCAUCCUUAACAAUAAAUAAUUUAUCAUCAUCAUCAUCAUCAUCAUUGAUAACAACUGAUCAUCUUUAUCGACAUGGUCAACCAACUCCACCGAGUCCUAGUCAUUUAUUAUCUCGAACAGAUCCAUAUGAAUUCGGUGAUGAUGAAGAUGCAAUAUCUCGACUUAAUUAUCCGCCAUCAACUCCAACCAGUAAUAUUCGUCAAAAUCAAACAUCAUUUAAUACAAUGGAUGGCCCAUCGAUAACUGAUCUUGAUACGAUUAUUGAUUCACAUGAUACCAAUGAAAAUAAAAAUAUGAAUUCAAAUGUUCUUUCACAUAUUCUUUCCAAUGGUGGUGUUAAAUCACCUAUGCGUAAAGAAAAUUCUCUCAUAUAUCCAAUUCUAGCAGCGUCACAUUCUCUAUCUACUACUACUAAUGGCAAUACAUUUCCUGUGAAUAAAUCACUCAAUGGAGUUUUUCAUGAAUUAGAACAAAUUUACAACACUCCACCGGGUUCAUCUUCAUCCGAAAAACUUCAAGCAUUACAUUCACCAUAUGCAAUCAUGGUUGAUAGUGUUAGUAGCGCUGCAAACACAUUCGAUAUGCUCAAUCAAUUUAGUCAAGAAUCUAUCAUAGCUCCAUUUGAAUCCAUAACUGUUGAAGAUCAUUCAUCUUAUCGUCCAUUGAAAAAAUCUCUACAUGCAAAAUCAAUCAAACGUUAUGAACCAUCAAAAUUAUUUUGCAUAUCAAUAUCAACUCAUCAUAAACCUAUUAAACAUUGGAAACGAACGCUAACAACCAACGAUUAUUCAUCGAGUCCAUUCAAUAAUCAACAGAUGAUUCGACAACAACAAACUCCACGUUCAUCAGAUAUCCGCAAUACAUCAAUGUCAAUAUCAAAUGUUCCAACACCAACCAUGUACUCGCCUAUGAAUAAUAAUCCAUCGAUACGUUCAACUGAUUUGCAAUCAUCACCAUUUCCAAUACGAUCUGUUGGAAGUGUUCAAGCUUUAAAUAGUCCAACGACUUAUCCACAGUCAAUAACUAUAAAUCAACCAGAAGUUGAUUCAUUAUUAUUUAAUGUUUUACUGAAUGAUAGUAUAUUAAAUUUUUUUCGUGAUAUGAAUUUUGAUUCAUGUGUUUUAUGUGCAUGUACACCAAAUGAAUUGAGUAUACGUGGAAUCGAUUCAACAAUCUAUUUGGAAAAACCACGUGAUUUUCUUAAGCCAUCGGCGACACCAACAUCAGCCGGCGCACAAAAUCAGCCAACACAUUCACCAUUUCAUCCUCAUAUGUAUCCACAUCAACAAUCUUCGUAUCAUAUGCAUCCACAUUCUUCUCUAUAUGCUCAACCACAGCAGCAGCAGCAGCAACAACAACAACAUGCCAUUCCAUCAACCAAUAGUCAUAGUCAUCAUACUCAUAAUUCAUGCUCGUGUGGUUUUUCAGCUGUUGUUAAUUUACGUUUAAGUUAUUCAUCUGGUUUAUUCUAUGAAGAUGAAAUUGAAAUAACAGGAAUUAAGGCUGAUGUAAAAUAUCGUACAUCAACUGAUCAUUUACCGGUUAAUUUAUUAGAAUUAAUUGAACGUAAAGAAUGUUUACCAUCGCCGUUUGAUUAUUUUAUUAAUAAAAAUAUUCAAACAUCAAUUUCAACUAGAAAAAAUGAUCAAGAUAUUACACAAAUAUUAAAACAACCUGUAUAUCAAUAUGAAAAUUUGGCAUGUCGUGCAGCCAUUGAACAAUCUCGAAAUGUUGUAAAUAAUUUAAUGCCUGACGAUCUUGAUAAACAUCAUUGGUUACAUCAAUGGUCAUAUUUAACUUCUCCACUUGAUUCUGAUCAACAACUCAUCACUAUGCUACGUUCAUUACAACCAUUGCUAGUUGAUGCAUUGAAAAAACGCAACGUUAAUGGUUUAUGGAGUACCAUUGAUGGUCCAUUAACAUGGAAAUCUUUUCAUCAAUUAUUAUAUGUACAAAAUCAACAUGUACAACUUGAAGAACAAAUCAGCGGACCACAACCAAUUCCAUAUCUUCUCGCUGGUCUUGAUCGUGAAGGGGUUAUGUUAGCACCGUAUAGUUUAAAAUUUUGGGAUAAACUAUGUCUGGAACCAUAUUCUAAAAAUAAAGAUAUUGCUUAUGUAUGCGUUGUACCUGAUAAUGAUUACGUUUGUUCAAUGACAAAAACUUAUUUUCGAGAAUUAUCUACACAUUAUGAACUAUGUCGAUUAGGUUUGCAUAGGCCGUUAUUGAAAGCAUUUUCUGAGCAAGGCCUUUUACGUAUACCUCAAACGAAUAAUGAUUCAACACAACUUCCUAAUGUUGAUCAAUGGUUUACAGAUCAUGAAACAUCACAUUCACUUGGAACACGAUUGAAACUCUACGCUCAAACAAUAAAAGGACAACUAUUUAAUCUAUUGUCGACUCAACCAUUUGAUAAUACAUUACUAGAAGAAGGAACGUCACGUCGUGAUAUAUUUCGUAAUCCGAAUGAUGUUUCCAAUCCAUCGUCUUCACUCGAUCUACAUUCAUCAAAUAAUGAUUUAACAAAUAGUGGCUAUGCUCUUUCACCAUCGUCAACACCAUCGAUAGCGCCAACAAAUAGUCUUAUAGCAAAUAAUAUUUAUACCACGGGAUCGACCGCUACUGACGUUCUUAGUUUAUCGUCGAAUAAUAUGUCAUCAUUAACUAAUGGUACAUUUGUUAAUGGCCAUCAAGUCGACCCAGUUGAUUUACAAGCAUUUGAAUCAUUUCAUCAAGGUCGUACAUCGAAUGAUGAACAAUUUUUUAUUGUUAUCUAUCUUAUUGAUACAUUUCGAUAUGAGAUAACGGCAUCAAUGACCGAUGAGAAUGGAAAUAAUAAUACUUCGAUUGAUGAUAGAAUUGAUGCAUAUGUUAAAAAAGCAAUUUUUCGUGCCUACAUGGAUCUCAUUAAAGAUUUACCAGAGAAAAUUUCAAUCCGUGUUAAUAUACAGAUUAUUCCAUUUGAGUCAAUAGUUAAUCAACAAGUUGAAUCUGAUUCAGAAUUACGUUUAACUCAGCUGAAACGCUUAGCAUUCAAUGUAUAUGGACAAUUGAAACGAACAGUUUCGUAUACAACACGAGCAAAAUCGUUGACUGGCUUUGGUCCAGCUGCAUCCGAAGAAAAGAUGCCAGCAAAAAUUGUUAUGCAACUUUAUACGCCAGCAUAUAUACUCUCACCGAAAGCAGAUUUUCGUUUUAAAGCUUUUGCUGACAUAACAGAACAAACAAAUAUCAAUGGGAGCAUUCUAUUUUGUUCCUAUUGUUUAUCUGAUGAUCAACGAUAUUUAUUAGCGACAUGUUCAGACGAUCGAGGAGAAUUAUUAGAAACUUGUUCAAUUGAUAUUGAAGUACCUGAUAGACAUAGAAGAAAAGUACAACAUGCUCGACGUAUUGGUUUACGAAAAUUAUGGGAUUUUAUUAUGCGUGUUGUUACAAGUACAACAAUGCCGUGGAGAAUUGUGAUCGGACGACUAGGAAGGCUUGGACAUGGAGAAUUGAAAACUUGGGGAAUAAUUCUAUCGAAAAAGAAUCUUGUUCGUUGUGCAACAUUAAUACGAGAUUCUUGUCCGAUGUGUCAUAUACUACGUUGUCAUGAUCAACCAGUGAUAUUAUCAGCAUGUUUAAUAUCUAUGGAAACACAUCCAUCGCUAACAGUUCUACCAGAAUCACUUGAACUUGGAGAAAUACGAGGAACACAAGCACCGAAUAAUAAUGCAACAGCAAUGACAAAUGGUGGUCAAGUAUUAGAUGAUAUUUCUGUGACACAUAUUUUGACAUUACCAACAUCAGCAUCUGUACAACAUGUGCAAACAAUGCCACGACCUAAUGAUCAUCGUUCUACUGUUGAUAAUGAAGAUGAUUUAUUUAGUAAAUUAUUUGAAGAUCUUGAUCCUGAAGGUCCACCAAAUGAAGCUUUCGAUAAUAUAACAUCACCAACACCAGUUGACCUGGAAUUUUCAUCAAACUAUGCUGAUAUGAAUCAUCAUGGUAAUACGCAUGGUUUAGCAAGUGGACAACAUCAUCGAUUGGGUAACUCUUCGAAUGCUCAUAAUGAUUAUCAUGGUAACCAUCCAUAUGGCACUUCUUCCAAUGGUACAAAUCUCAAAUCGAAUUCUUUUCAACAUUUUGAAUAUGAAAUCGAUAUGAAUGAUCAUCCAUCAUUGCAUCAACAACCUUUAGCACUUGGUUUUUAUGUAUCGACAAUAGGUACAUUAAAUCCGUUACCAUUGUGGAUGUUACAUGGAAAACUAAAUCAACGAGCGAAUAAUGCAUGUAGUGUAUUUAAAGCAACGUUGCAUGUUAGUGUACCGAAUGCUCAACAUUCAGAUGAUAUGCUAUUUGCUCAAAGUAAUGAUCAAAAAUUAACACAUCCAUUAGAUUCAAAUUAUACCUAUGUUGUGCUCAGAUACGUCUUGGAAUCCUAUAAUCGUCUAUCAUGGCUACUAAUCGAUGCAAAAACAAAUGAACGUGCUAGUUGUUUACCUAUUCAUAUCGAAACAUUAUUAAGAUUAUAUCAUGCUUUUGUCAAAUUUGUAUGA